GUCGAUCUUCAAAGAGGUUGUCGUCUAUUAUAGUUGGUGAGACAUGUUGUGGCGACUACAGAAGACGAGGGCGGGUUGAUCCACAUCUCCACAUGCCGACAGAGCUCUGCAGUCAGCAGAAAGAUGUCCUAAUAUGGGUUGGUCAUGCGUCGUGGCACGCGCUGUGGCUAUCUUCCUCAUGCUCAGCCGAGCGUCAGCACUCACAUCAGACAUAUUUGCAGCGGGGAAGUCGGACAAAGAGAUACUGGACAACCUUCUGAAAAACUCCCGCUAUGACAAAAGACUGUUGCCACCAGUAGAUGGUGUCCUCACCGUAAAUGUAAGCGUACUACUUCUUAGCUUAGCCUCUCCGGACGAAUCUAGUCUUAAAUACGAAGUGGAAUUCUUACUUCAGCAGCAGUGGUACGACCCUCGACUGCGCUAUUCCAACCAGUCUCAUUACGACUUCCUUAACGCCAUCCAUCAUCACGAAGACAUCUGGUUGCCGGAUACGUAUUUCAUCAUGCACGGUGACUUUAAGGACCCGAUAAUACCAAUGCAUUUCGCUUUGCGUAUAUAUCGCAAUGGUACUAUAAACUACUUGAUGCGGCGGCAUCUCAUCCUGUCCUGUCAGGGGCGGCUCAACAUCUUUCCUUUUGAUGACCCAUUGUGUUCAUUUGCCUUAGAAAGUAUAUCGUACGAGCAGUCAGCCAUAACUUACGUGUGGAAGAACGACGAGGACACGCUGCGCAAGUCGCCGUCCCUAACGACGCUCAAUGCGUACCUCAUCCAGAACCAAACCAUUCCCUGCCCUAUCAAAGCCAGUUGGAGAGGUGUAACGACAAUGUUGAAUUUUUUCACUACAUCGAAUGGAUUCAGAUCGACAUUGCCGGUCGUCUCAAACCUGACGGCGAUGAACGUGUGGGACGGCGUAUGCAUGUGUUUUAUCUAUGCGUCGUUACUAGAGUUCGUGUGCGUCAACUACGUGGGGAGGAAGCGACCCCUACACAAUGUCGUCUACCGACCCGGAGAGAAUCCGGUCACACAGGGUGAUAAAAAACGUGAGUCAACAGGAGGGGCUGAUCUAGUAUCGUGCACAGCGUGUACGGGCCCUGGUGCCUGUACUCACACCGCCAACAAUGGCGGGGUCUCGGAGGUUCGCAAAAAAGAACCGCCGCACCCGAUCCGCGUGGCCAAGACGAUCGACGUGAUCGCGCGGAUCACGUUCCCCACUGCCUACGCCGUGUUUCUCAUCUUCUUCUUCAUUCACUAUAAGGCGUUCUCUUAA